CCCUUCCAGAACAAGUGUGACACUCCCAUGUUAAAUCGCUAUCGCACGCAGGAGUGGCAGAAAACAGUGUUUGAGUGAAGCGACAGCAUCUGCUCUCAAUCUGUCCAUUCCAGAGGAAUUCGAGGGAGACGUGGCGUGGCAUGAAAGCCUCCAGAGCAGCCACCUGUUAUUGCCAGAGGGCCACCAUUACCAUCCAGGCAUGAGCAUCUACACAUAUGCUGGAGAGAAAAAUCCUAUCCGACGUCCUGCUUUAAUCAUCCAUGCACAGAGAGGAGAUAUUGCUACAGCAGCUCAGAUUGAGACUCAGGAGUGUUAGCCAAACACAUUUGUAAUGGCGGUGGUGUGAAUUACACUGUGCAGAUGGGAGUGAGAUGACUGUAGCAGGGCAGAUGGGCCCGCAGGUAAUGAAGAGGACAGGACGACACGGGGGACGAGGAGAAGGUAUUGUGCUGAAGUAAAAGCACAGGAUGUCUGAGACAAAUUGGAGUCACGGCUAAAAGGUGUAAGAUGUGCGUUCGACCGAUUCUGGGAAUCCUGGAAUGGAAAGAAGAUGGGACACGAACGCGGGCUUAAAAGCUUGUCGGAAGCCUUUACCAAGGGGAAAAGUUGGAAGACAGCAGGAGGCGUGGACCUUCAAGAGACAGAGAGAGAGAGAGAAAGAGAGCAGGGGGAAUAAGAAACAGAGCCAGUGAAAAAGAGGGACGCUGAGAGAAGCUGCGGAGAUAAACUGCACCGGUGAAGCAGAAGAAGCAGAGAGAGUGACGAGGUGUUGAUUGUGUGUGCUGUUUGGAGGUUAUCCUCACAGUGUGUUUGAGCCUGGGAGCAGGUGCAGCUUUGAUGGAACAGUGAGCAAUGCCUACCACGCUACUACAGCAGGCUGGCAGCAGGGGGCGCCACCUAAAUCACCCUCUCCCACUCCUCGGUACCCUUUUCCUUCUGGUGCUCGCUCCUACGCCAGGCCAGACUGCCAUCCGUAUUGCAGAACACUACCGCAUUAAAGACCUAAAGACGCCCCCACAGAUAACUGUCCAACCUGAAUCCAUCAUUGCCUUCUCCUCUGAUGACAUCAUGCUCAAGUGUGAGGCAACUGGGGAUCCCUCUCCCAUAUUUCGAUGGGUUAAAGAUGGAAUGGCAUUUGACCCAUCCAGCAUCUCUGGUGUCACCACAUUUCUCGAUUCUGGGAGUUUUAUGGUUAAAGAAUCUCCCAUUCACCAGUUCCAUGGCAACUACACCUGCCUGGCCUCCAAUGAGCUGGGCACGGCUGUCUCCAACGAGGUCCACAUCAUAACCGAGGAUACUCCUACAAUACAACGUGAGAAGAAGGAGGAGAAGAGGGCGGAAGAAGGAAGUCCUGUUAUCUUACACUGCAACCCUCCGCAAAGUUCUGCGACUCCUUUGAUUCACUGGAUGGAUAGGAGUCUCCGGCACAUCAAGCAGAGCGAUCGUGUGAUUCAGGGCCGUGAUGGAAACCUCUACUUCUCUCAUGUGACCCUUGGGGACAGCAGAAAUGAUUACACUUGCAACGUGCAGUUUCUGGGAGCGCGCAUCAUUGUAGCCAAAGAACCCAUUAGCCUAAAGGUCACAACGUCUAACUCAUUGCGAAACAGACGGCCGCAGAUGAUGAGACCUACCGGCUCUCACAGCUCCUAUCUGGUCCUGAGGGGCCAAACCUUCGAACUGGAGUGUAUCGUCCAGGGCCUGCCCACUCCCUCCAUCCAGUGGGUGAGGAAGGAUGGAGUGCUGCCUGAGUCUCGUACAUCCAGUAAGAACUCCACAGAGAAAUGGCUGCUGCGCUUCACUAACAUCUCAGAGCAGGAUGAUGGGGAGUACCAGUGCACAGCCAACAACUCCCAAGGCACCGUCACACACACUUAUACCGUCUCUGUGGAAGCUGCUCCGUACUGGAUAAAGGAACCGGUUAGUGAACUGUACGCCCCAGGAGAGAUGGUCCGAUUGGAGUGUCGGGCAGACGGGAUCCCAACUCCGCAAGUCACCUGGAGUAUCAACGGAUAUCCUCUCUCGGAUAUUGACCCGGAGUCGCGGCGUACUGUAAAAGGAGGAACUCUCAUACUGGAAAAGGUGAAGCUGAGUGACACUGCAGUGUACCAGUGCAAAGCCUCUAAUAAACACGGCACCAUACUUAUCAACACCUACGUCUUCGUCGUCGUGCUUCCUCCACAGAUCCUGACGGAGGACUCGUUGUUGUACAGAGUGACCGAGGGAAAGACGGCCAAGUUGCAGUGCAUGACCUUCGGUUCGCCUCGCCCGAAAGUCACAUGGGAGCGUGAAACCUGGGACUUUGUCAUUUCCAACUCCAGGAUGAAUCAGCUAAGCAAUGGUACUCUGGAGAUUAGCAAUGUAUCCUACAAUGAUACAGGACUGUACACCUGCUCAGUGGGUGAAGACAAACUCAGCAUCACUGCCGAGCUGGAAGUCCUCAACCGGACAGUGAUCGUGAAUCCUCCUCAGGCCCUGUAUGUUCAGAAGGGGAAGACAGCCACCUUCACCUGUCAGUACCAGAUGGACAGCAAUCUGGGUCCACCUCAAAUCCUGUGGAGGAGAACCAACAAGAAGCUUGAUGAAUCCUCUGAUAUAGACAAGUACAUAAUUGACGAGACAGAGCUCAUAAUAAAUGAUGUCCAGGAUGAAGAUGAGGGUGUUUAUAGUUGUGAGGUCAUAACAAGUCUGGACAUGGCUGAAGCUAGUGGCAGCCUCACAGUUGUUGAUCGACCGGACCCUCCUUCCAUGCUGCAGAUCACUGAGCUUGGAGAUCACGCAGUAACUCUGUUAUGGGUUCCUGGGGAUAACCACAAAAGCCCUAUUUUAGAGUAUGUGGUGGAGGCUGAAGAGACUAGCACCGACACAGAGGAGUGGGAGGAGCUUAUGCGGGCAGCUGGAGACACUCGGCGCACCAGGCUCCCACUGAAACCUUUCCUCUCGUACCGCUUCCGGGUCAUUGCCAUCAACAAGAUUGGCAAGAGUGACCCCAGCCAGCCUUCAGUAGCUUUCUCCACUCCUGCAGCUCGACCAAGCAGUAACCCAGAAGGAGUGCGCAGCGAGUCCCUCGACCCAGAUACGCUUGUCAUCACAUGGAAGGAGAUGGAUAGAAGGAGCUUUAAUGGCCCGGGUUUCCGCUACAAAGUGAUGUGGAGGAAGGUUGUAGGCAGUGGGCCAUCUUGGCACUCUAACUUUACCACCUCACCACCCUUUGUUGUCAUGGAUGUGGGAGAUUUCAGCGCAUUUGACAUUAAGGUGCAGGCUGUUAAUGAUCUGGGAGAGGGCCCAGAACCUAAAUCUACCAUCGGCUACUCUGGAGAGGAUUAUCCCGUGGACGCUCCUCUGAAUGUAGGAGUGGAUCUGCUCAACAGCACUGCCAUCGGGGUAACGUGGGCCCCGGUAGACAGCGAGACCGUGAAGGGACAUCUGAUGGGCUACAAGAUCCACCUGGCGUACUACGGUUCCUGCGGCAAACACCAUCAUCAAAAGUGCAUCAGUGGAGAAGGCGAGCCACUGAAUGUGGUUGUAGUGACAACCAGAGCUAACGAGGAGAAAAAGGUUCUGGGAGGCCUGCGGCCGUAUUCCUCCUAUUCUCUCACUGUUAGUGUCUUCAACAGCAAGGGAGAUGGACCCGAGUCAGAAGCCCGGCCCUUCCACACGCCUGAGGGAGUUCCUGGUCCUCCCACUUCUUUGAUAUUGUCCAGUCCCUCUGAGACGGAGAUGACUCUCCACUGGACUCCACCUUCUCAAGAAAAUGGAAUUCUGGUCGGAUACCUACUACAGUACAAAGAGUUAGACAAUGCGGACAGCCCCAUGCAGGUGGAGAAGAUUGGUGACCCCACAGUGCAUCAGCUAAACAUUAAAGAUCUGGACCGUCAUAGCCGUUACCGUUUCUACCUGCGGGGGUACACUGCAGCUGGAGAAGGCCUGCCCAUCACCAAAGUGGGAGCGACCACACUUGAUGGAGGUCCACCUCGCAACUUUAAUUUGUCUGUAGGAGAGACGGCAGUUAAUCUAAGCUGGGUUUUUCCUGAGAGACAAAGGAAUGUCGGUUUCCAUAUCAAAUACAUGAGGAAGAAUGGCCACGGACAAUGGAUGAAGUCAGAGAAAGUGAACACGUCUCAGUCCUUUUACUCCAUGCAGGGCCUCCAGCCUGGAUCUCGUUACAGCUUGUGCUUCAUCUUCAGCAAUGGUACCUUCUGGGAAACUGACAUAGAAACAAAAGGAGCAGGAGUGCCGGAGAAGCAGAGUAGCUUUGCUACUGAAGGCUGGUUUAUUGGGCUCAUCAGCGCCCUCGUGCUGUUGUUGCUGCUUCUGCUCAUUCUCUGCUUUGUCAAGCGGAAUAAAGGUGGAAAGUAUUCAGUGAAAGACAAGGAGGAGGGCCAGGUGGACUCGGAGUCUCGGCCUAUGAAGGAUGAAACGUUCGGGGAGUACAGAUCACUAGAGAGUGACAAUGAGGAGAAGCGCACAGCCAGCCAGCCGUCUCUGUGCGAUGACAGCAAGCUGUGUAGCGACGAUGGCCUGGAUGAUUACGGCAACAGCCACAGCGUUCACACCAAGGUGACCAUGGACGAGUCUCUGGCCAGUCAGUGCAGCGGAGUCAGAGACGGGCUGGAGAUCGAGAGGCAUGACAGCUCGCCCCUUAAAUCUGCCGCUACCAACCACGGCCUGCCCAACUCUGCUGUUGUCCUCGACUAGUGGGGCAGCGCGAAUCAGAAGAAGACUCCACCCUGGACUCACAACUCGUAUCUGAACGACUGACCAAACAAUCAAUAUUACACGCAGUGCAAUGUCAACGUGUACGCUAACGCAAAUGCCAAGUAAAAAAAACAACAGAUACAGUGCUGGGACUGACUUUAGACAUAAUCCGAUCAACUCUUUCACCUCUGGUAGAGCCAGAAGGGAGGAAUAAUUUACAAUAGACUAGACUAACCUUAUGUGUAGGGACUGCCAUGUUUGCGAAUUGUUUACAGAUAAAAAUCUCUCUUCUCUUGUAAUAAUAAUUUUCAGAGUAGCCUGCAACAAGCAUCCCCAUUUCCUGCCUGAUAAAAUUAUACAGAAUAGACUUUUAUUUAAAGGACAAAUCCACCGUGAACAACUUACAUAUUACUCUUUAUAAUUCACUGGCAUCCGAGAUUCAGUUUGUAAUAAAAACGUAAUGAGACGUUUUUAGUUUCAUCGACAUGUUGGUCUACUUUCACUUAACAACUAAAUAAAGAGAGCGAUGCAGCAGUGCUUUAGUCCUGUAGUCUGUCCGGCUCUCUCACCUCACCAUCUGUACGCUCUACUCAAACAGAUCAGCUUCCAAAAGGUUAACUUUCAUGCUAGUACCACCAACACUGCCGCGCUCGUCAUCACAUUCUCCAGCUCUGAAUCCAAUGUUUGCGCCAAUCUUUCCGCUGUUUCUCGUUAACACGAUACUGAACAUCACUAGAAAACGGAAGAGAAAAGGGAGCUCUUUUGUUUUUUAUGCGCCAACACAAAACCUGGCCAUUAUCUCUUAUGUUUGAGAUUGCGAACAUAUUUUUCUCUCUCUCUCUCUUAUUAAACGCCAUUGUAACUGUGCUAGCAAUGUCACCAUGUGACGUAAUGGCAACACACGACCUGUAACUUCUCAAAAGACAGCACCGACCAACAAAUUAUCGCCGGAAACAUUAAAAAAAAACACCUCACAAAUGUUUCAAUUUAACACACUGAAGGUGUUUCAGGGUAGAGUUUUCCUUUAACGAUGACGAUUUUUAAAGUGACGCUUUAGAUUUAACGUGACAAGGACACUUAUAGACACCGCAUGGUUAAUGCCAAAUACAGGACAGUGUGCGCAGCAGAGAAAGAGAUUGAGGGCCUUAAAAUCCUGGUAAGUGCAUCAUGUAAGCAUAUGUACGACACAUUGCACAUGAGUUGCAUUGAUGUAGUUCAUUAUUAUAUCUAUAUAUAUACAUAUAUAAAUAGUUAUGUGGUUUGCCAUUUCAUUGUCUUGCCUCAUUGUUUGAGAUCUAUGCAUUUUUUUUUUUAUUAUUUGAUUUUUUUAAAAACUCUUUUGGACAAUUUUGUGAUCAUCUUUUCUCGAGUGAGGUUUUUUUUUUUUUUUUUUCCUUGAAUUUUGUGUCCUUCUACAAAAUACGCAUCCAGGACUCCAUAGCCAAGCUGCCGGCACUUAGAAAUAUAUCCGAUGCAAUGAUCCGCUGAUAUGAGGUGCUUUAUAUCAGGCUGUAUGUAGUCACUCUAGCAGUUAGCCAUGCCCAGUAUUAGAGAGCUGUCAUCUCAGAACCCUGACCAUUUUCAGCUGUAACGUUUCUCAUUUGUGCGUAGCUCCCUAUAUGUGUGUGUCGCUUUGUAUUGUAGUCUGCAUAGUGUAUUAAACGAUGUAUACUGACAAAUCCUCUCUUGCAGUCCUGCUGGUAUAAAGCCAUAUGUAUACACUUCCGAGGUGUAUUCGGGUAUGAGGUAGUAUUGAAGUGGAUGGGGUUGUGAGAGAGCACAUCACACAUACACACAUACACUAAUUUCAGCUUGGUUAAAACAAUCAUGUGUAAUUAACCCAGUUUGUGUCUUACACAGAGAAUGUAUGCUUUGUUGGGGUCGGAAUUUUGAUUCCUUACCUGUAUACCAAAUAGCAUUUGUUCCUGGUUCGAUCGAUGUGCGAUGUGCGUGCUGUCUUUAAGUUUCGAUAAGCAGUGUUAUGUGAAUAAAACUGAACAAGAACAUCACGAGACGCCUGCUUGAAAGAAAAAAGAAAAAGAAAAAAACAGUUUCGAUUUUGUUGUUCUGAAGAAACUGAGAAAAAAAAAAAAAAGCUCUCGAAAUUUAUUUGAAUGUAAAUAAAUUCCAAACGAUUGUUUUGCUAUGGCCUCUAUUUGUAACCGUGUCUUGUUGAUUGAUUACCAUGGGUUUUGGGGUUGUUAAUGUUUUAAUUCUUAACCUUUGACCUUUUGUCUAGUUAGUUGUAAGAUAACUGUUCUAGAUAAGUAGAGAAUAGGAUUUUUUUUUUUUUUUUUUUCGGAAAACUUAAAAAAGGAAGUCCAAACAAGCUGUCCUUUCAUAUUGUGAUAAAAAAUCCGAUCACGUCGUUUUUAGAAAAAGCAAAAUACAACUUCAUGGCCAUUCAAUAAAACACAAUCGGUUUCUCCUGAGAAUUCCUUUCCUGCUCUGUUUGCUUACGAGUUGCAGUAUUGUGUGUAUCUGUUGUGAAGCAAUUCCUGCGCAAGCACUAUGAGGAAGCAGAGAUACUCGAGUCUUGUUUGUAUCCAGCACACACACACACACACAUACACACGCAGGGAGAAAUUACAAUGUGCUGACUUAAGCUCAUUGAAAGCACUAAGUCCCCUGCAGUGAAGUGUACUAGAUGGGGAAGUGUGUGAUGCAGUAAGUCUGGACUGUUGGUUUUAAUUUGUCGGCCUCUAUGUUGUUGCUAUACAGACACACUCAGGACAAAGUUCUCCUAGACGUUUAUUUUCAUACAGGACGAAUAAGUGAUGUGAAUUGUGUCAACGUUCAACCGAACUGCUGCUAGACGUCCGUGCUCUGUUAAUGUCCCAGAACUUGCAGAAAAAAACGCUACACAGCUGUUUUGCUUUUCGGAAGGCUGUAGCUGCAACAUUGCCUGUUGUCAUAUAAUACGUCAUAUUACUGUGGCAUUUUACCUAUAAAUAUAACGUAGUUUCUGAUCAUUUAAAAAUCUCUCUAGGCUCAGUUCUAGCUCCAAGACUAGACAUCGCUUGAUUCAAAGUAUCUCUCAUAUCAUGUAUAUCCUAUGUUUGUUUGUUUGAUCUAAUGAACCAUUAAAUAAAUCGGAUCUGAAUGAGAGGAUUGCACUUGUAGCUGAGUGAUGAAUAGCCAUGUCCACGUCGCUUUUCCUUUGCGUUUGUCUAUGCCGUGGUGCUGAGUGGAGGACUGGGCCAGUGACUGUGGUGGGCUUGUAAUAGAAAAUGAUACUGUAUGUAAAUCAUGAAUCAGCCACUGUAUGUAAAUGCUUCAAGAAUAAAAAUCCAUGGAACAAG